GUAACUAGUGAUCCUACAGCUCAGUCAAGCAGAGUGAUAUCCCCUAGUCCUAAGAAAGCUUUAGGACUAAAACCCCAGCUUUUGUUGGAGUCCUCAAAAGUCAUUGCCAAAGCUACUGUCUCAAGUCCUCACAAACCAGCAGUAUCUGAAGCACAAACAGCAAAAGCAGCAGCUUCUCAACCAAGUCAGGUCCGAGAAUUGACUAGAGGUACAGAUAUAAAGUUGCAGCCAAAUAACAAGAAUACUACACCAGGUGGGACUGCAGUAAAAUCUUUCCUUGAUCGCUUUGAAGAGCGUUCUCAAGAGCGCAUUUUACAUAGCCCGUUUUCAGCAUCCUCAGGACAGAGAACACCUGUGGUUACCCCAGCUACAAAGGCAAUACAGGAAAGACUUUUAAAACAAAAUGAAGUGUCAAGCACAGCUUACUUAACUCAGCAAAAGAAACAGGAGCGGGAAAAAGAACUUGCUUCGAUUUCCAAACGUUUUGAGAAAGGCAGUAAAUGGAAUAUGAGUGGAAAAGAGUGUACUGAAAUGGAGCCUUUGGAAACUAAGCAGGAAGUUCAUGUUAUGGAAAAGACAUGUUCUGAACAAAGCCUAUCAGAUAAAUCGGUGAUUCAAGCAGGUUGUACCUCGCCUGGCACUGCAAAGCUAAAUGUGAAGGAGCCUGAAAGUUCAUUUGGGAAAUCCCUUCACUCUCAGCCUUCAGAUGCUUCUACUAAUGUAAAGGAGAUGAGCAUGAAAUCCAGCCAUGUAAACUCUAGUCCACUAAAGAAAGUGACAUUUGAUUUAGAAGAGCAGAAAUCAUCAGCACUGUUAUCUGAAAAGUCUGGUGAAAAGAAUGGUAGAAGUAAAGAAGUGCAUGGAGUUGAGAUGAGUGUUGAUGACGAAGAUGAAGCUAAUAGCUCUGCAGUCAUUGAUAACUUAUUUGAUGGAAUGGAUGGUGAAGAAAAAGUGGAAGAGGAGCUGAAGAGGAGUAGUGCUGAAAGUACCCGUGAUGUGAUAGGUGGAGAUGAGGAGGUCGAAGAGUAUUAUGAAGAGGAUGAGCUGAAUAUUUCCUCUAUGUCUUUGCUAACUCCUCUAGUCACAACUGUUGCUGUAAGAAGUCCAGAGAUUGCUGCUGCUUUGAGAGAUACGGAUGUAAAGUCAAGUGCAGAAAGCCCAAAGCCUAGCAGAUUCCAGAGAGCAUGUAUCCCCAAAUCAAACUCUUCUGACAGCUUGGACACUGUGCCUGAUGACCAUCAUUUAUUAUACAGCAUUGAUGUAUACAGAUCUCAGCGCUUUAGGAACACCGAACACCCUCCAGUUAAACAAGUGAUUGUGCGCAAAGAAGAUGUUGCUUCCAAGUUGGAGGGAAGCCAUACUGCAAGUCCUGGGUUACAUAAUAUCAAACAAAAAAUGAAGGUGCUAAACAAUGAGGUAAAUCUACAACAGACCGUAAUCCACCAAGCCAGUCAGGCUCUGAACUGCUGUACAGAUGAGGAACAUGGGAAAGGCUCUCAGGAAGAGGCAGAAGCAGAGCGGUUACUGCUUUUUGCAACUGAAAAGAGAUUGGCCUUGCUUACUGAGCUGAACAAGCUUAAAGGUGAGGAAUUACCAGGCCAGAAGAAAAUGAAGAAUGGCGGUUCUACUGCUAAUGGCUCCCACCCAUCAAGGGGAUCAAUCACUCUGUCAGAGGUGCGGUUGCCGUUGAAAGCUGAUUUUAUUUGUACAGCUGCACGCAAACCAGAUGUUGCAAACUACUACUUCUUUGUAAUGUUCCGUGCUGGAGCAGAAAACAUCGUGGCAACACCCCUGACCAGUACACAGAGUUCAUUAAAUGGAGAUGCGCUUUCCUUUUCAACAACAUUUACUCUGGAAAACGUGUUAAGUGACUUUGAAAUAGAUGUGGAAGUAUACAGUUUGGUGCAGAAGCGAGAUUGUACAGCUGCUGACAAGAAGAAGAAGGCGAACAAAUCUAAGACAAUUACUCCAAAAAGACUUCUGACGUCCAUUACAACCAUGUUUGAAGACGUCAGUGGAUUUGGGGCUUGGCAUCGACGUUGGUGUGUUCUGUCAGGAUACUGCAUUUCCUACUGGACAUAUCCAGAUGAUGAAAAGCGAAAGAAUCCAAUAAACCGUAUUAACUUGGCAAACUGUACCAGUCAGAAGAUUGAACCAGCAAACCGAGAGUUUUGUGCUCGACCCAAUACUUUUGAGUUGGUCACUGUCAGACCUCAGCAAGAAGAUGACAAGGAGACACUUGUUAGCCAGUGCAGGAACACACUUUGUGUUACAAAAAAUUGGUUUUCUGCAGACACAAAAGAAGAGCGCAACCUCUGGAUGGCAAAGUUGAACCAAGUUCUGGUUGACCUUCGUAUGUGGCAGCCUGAUGCUUGUUAUAAACCUAUUAAGAAACAUUAAUAUUAGCAUUUUUCAGUUAUUUAUGUAAACUUUAAUGAAAGCUGCUGAUUUUAUGUGUGUGUCAGUCUCUGUCUGUCUCACAGAUGCAUUGAGAUUUAAAAAUAAUAGUGUCUGAGAUUUUCCAUGCAUCAUUCCUUUGCACAUUUCCUUGGAUUUUUAAUAUUUUUCCACUUUAAUGACAUUUGGAGUGGAUGGCUGAAUACAAAGUUGAAUUGUGUAUUUUGAAAAAAAAAAAACACCGUUUUGUAUGCCAUUUCCUUGAAGGAAAUGUAUGUGAUGUGUCUGAGUUUUAGCUAGAGAGAUUAAUUUGAUGGUCACGUGUUUUGUAGUCAUUAUCUACCCAGGUGUUCAGGAUGCCUGUUUACAGAUGUUUUUAUUUAUGUAAAUAUGUACAUAUAGAUAUAUAUAUAUAUAUAUAAAUUUGUUUUAUAAUAUGCUUACCUAGUACCGUCUAGCAAAGGUGAAAUGUAUGAAGCUUAAUCUUUUGUCCAAUUGUACACUACCUUUGUAAGUCAAUGCACAUGCUUAGAAUCAUGGUCAAGAUUAUAGGCCUUGUCCUGUAUCGCUUUGUUAAGCAGUGAACUAGCAUGUGAAGUAGACUGAACUUUAAGCAGAUAGCAUUAACUUUUUACAUUGCAAUAAUUUAACUGUUUUAAACUGAGGGGCCUCCGUCAGAGGAUGAAACACCCAAAUUACAUUUUUUUGUACUUUUUUGUGUGGUCAUUAACAUUUCAUCUUCCAGCACUCCAUACUUCUGUAAUCCAUAGACUCUGCCUUGCUCUGGGGAACCUUCAGGAUGCCCCUACAUUUUAGCCAGUUAUACAAUCAUUGCCACAUUAGUAGUAAGAACCAUCUUAGGACCUGCCUUUUUUUUUUUUUGCCUACAGUUGAAAGACAUUGAUUUUAAGUUGAAAGACACUUACUUGUAUAUGUCAGAUUAACUCUACAGCUUGUAAAUAUCAACAGAUGAGCUUCAAGUCUUCAACUACCAUAUCCUAGCAACUGCUGAAAGGGGCUGGGGACCUUGUCUGAAGAUGAGCUUCUGAGGUCUCAUUUUAAGAUGUCAUGCAGGAGCAAGAAGUCCAUGUCAAAAUUAAUUUUUCCCAACAAAAGUGAAUUCUCCUUGAACUAGUCUUUCUGGUUCCCUCUUUUUUUUUUUUCGAAAAGGCAGAAGUCCAGAUAGAGAGUCCUUGACUCUUUUGAUCUGCUUAGUUAUUGCAGUGGCUACAUGACUCAUUUGUGCCAAGGAAGAGAAGUACUUGAAUUUGCCAAGCAGACACUUUCCAUAUGGCUGUCAGCUGGAUUGCUUUUUUUGCCAUGAGAGAGACUGAAGAGAGCCUCCCACUGGCAAAUUCUGUAGUCGGGUCUCGACUGGCUGCCUCAAUUACUUUCUUCAGUAAAGGCUCCAUGGCUGACAUCUGGUCUUCAUUAUAUACCUUCAUUAUUGUUUCAGCCAUGUUUCUGGCAGUAAUGAUUCACUUGAAGUCAUUACUCCAGCAUUUUUGCUAUCACAGCUGAAUACUUAUGUGAUCCUCUGGCUUCUUCACCAUUGUAGUUAUUUCCUCAUAUAGAAGAUCAGUGUUUAAUAUAGCGGUUUCAUUCUUACUAUACGAGCUGAUCUACUAGAGGACUGUCUUUGAUCUUUCCUGAAUAAACCUCCCUUGAAUACUCAUUUGAGUAUCUUGUCAGCCAGUUUUGGAAGUUGAAGUCCGGCAAAUUACAUACUUGUAUAUUUGUUUAGUAAGUGUUAACAUUUUCAUUUUUUUUUUUUAUUUGCAGUAAGGCAGUCACUAGUGGCCGAGAGAUCAACUGUCCUGCUUUGGGAAUGUUGCUGGAGUGUUUAGUCAUGAAAUAUAUUAGUACAAAUAUAUAGACUUCCUCAAAAGCAGGCUCUUACAGAAGGUUGUGGAAGCCGGUUGCUGAAGAUGAAAACAACCAAAGGCCAUUUAAAGAUCUUAUCACAGAUUAAGUAAUAUGUAAACAUUUAAUUUCUCCCAUCCAACAUAGAUCUCGAAAAUGUGCAGUAGUUGACCACUUUCUUUUCCACCCUCCAACAGACACCCACAUUUUCCAACAAAUCUACAUAUAGGUUCGGAAAAAAAUUCUGCCAUUUUGAGUCUGCAAGGUGAUUACUUGUCGUAUUUCCAGAUUUUAAUUUGAUAGCUUUAUGGGGAGGGCAGGAAUAGUCUCCCUUUCUGUCUGUGAUUGAGAGGCUGUGGAAAAAUGCCUUGAUAAUGCACCUUCAUUAAGGAUCCAUACAAGCCACCGAACUUUGUUAGCUUUGAAAUUGCAAAAGAUGGCCACUAAUGAGGCUACCAUUGCUGCCUCCAUAGAGUAUUGUGGCUAUCCUAGAUCCCCCCUUUAAAUGUUAAGUGCUUUUUAACAACCCCUUCCCAUGCUAGAAAUUAUUGGUUGAGAAGGAAGGAAAGUGAAGCUGCUUCUUUAUGUUGAGGAUAUGUAUAAUCUCUGCCCUUCCUGCUAUACUGAGCCUUCUCAGUCAUAUAAGGAAGAAAGCAGUCUAAAAAUAAAAGUUGCUAAAUGCUGUACUUGCUUCCUUAACCUCUACUGAAAUUUCCUAAGGAAAUGUCUGAGUCAUCUCUCUCAUUACGCUGCCUCGUGUUCAGUUGUCCAGAAUUGCCACAGCCAAGAGAAACAGUUACUUGAAACAAGUGCAUUUUGCUCACCGUGAAAGAACGCUAUAGUCCAAGAUUAUUAUGGCUGCAUCUAGGGCAUCCUAUCUAUUCAACAACUUUUAUUGUAGGAGGAGCUGCAGAUGACGGUCUAAUUCUUACCUGAGUGGUAGUGCUGCAGAUGACAGUCUAAUUCUUACCUGAGUGGUAGUGAAGUAGUCUUCACAGGUGAAAUUAGACGAAAAAGACUAGUGUCUUUUCCUGUGUUUUUUGGGAGGGGGGGGGUUCCUGUCCUAUUUUGUAUUAAAGAGCUUUCACCCUUCACCUUGGUGAUAUUACACAUGAUCAGUUUUCAAGCUCUGAUGUUGCUAGUCUUGCAAGCUUUUAGAUAACAUCCAUAUCAGUAUCUGAGAGUUCUACAGAACCUUUCAUGAACUUUACUCAAGGUACCUGGCAGUUGCAGAACAAAGUUUUUCUUUUUGACUUAUCUUGUACUCCCAGGAUUUUUAUCAAGGUACUGGCCUUGGAAGAGAAGACCCAGAUGUAUAACCAUCCUCUAUAUUUAAUAAUUGGACCUAGUUGCUGGUGGUGCCCAUGUUAGAUUCCUUAGUGAUACCGCUAGUCCUGUCUGUGCCUUUCCUUAAGUCACAUGAAGCCACAUUUAGCUUGUGCUUUCAGUAAUGUUUUAUAGGGGCAGUUCUACAUGUAGGUCAGAGCAUGAUCAUUGUCCAUGUGGAGAGAGAUCCCACGGAAUAUGACCUCUCCUGACGAAUGUUAUGGUGACUGGUUCAAGCCUGCCUUUUGGGACUUUGUGCAUAGUUCAGUUGGCUUUCCUUCCUCUGCAUAUCUUGCAGUGAAUGAUUCGCUGCUAGUGGAUGCGGAUUCAUUAUUCAUUGUCUGAUCUUUCAGGCCAUUGCUGUCAUUCUCUUGAUUGUUGGGUCUUGGCUCACAAUAUGAAGUCUGGCUUUGCCAUCUUCCACUUCUCAGACUGUCUUCAUAUCAGAUGCAUUCCUACAGGAGUGGAGAGCACACUUCAGGUUUUACAUAGCUUUGUUCAUUUUUUAACAAAGUAGAUAGGCUUGCAAAGUCACUCUUCUCAGCCAAGGCUCUAGCCAGUGGCAAAGCCAGUAGUUGGUAGCACUGAAAGUGUUAGUGUAUGCUGCAGUUGUAGACUUUAAAUAUUUGUAUCCACAGUGCAUAUUUAACUGAAUGAAUACUAUUGUGUAUAAUAAACGAAUUUGGUAAGCAGAGAGCAAAUGUUUGUGUAAUAAAACGUGAUUCAAAGUAUAGCAGUACACAAAUAAAGCAGCAUGUUUUAGUGUGUCAGUGUGCAUAACUAUUAAUCUUUAUA